UGCUAUCAAACAUUAAAUUUUAAAUUAUUUAACAGAAAAAUGUAAUAUUCAAAAUUUUCAAACUUUUACACAAUGCCACCUAACAGAAGCAAAAAUCUAUAGAACAUCAGAACGACGACAUUCAUUCAUUUUAAUCAUUGACAAGAUAUUGUGAUCUUGACAAUUCGUAUUGAAGCUUACUGUGAAACGCUUCCAUUGCGAUAGUUUUUAUUUCAAUUUAUACUCGAAUUUAUUAACAAAAUGCCACGAAGAGGACGUUCAGCAAGUCCGCCACCAGCUCCACAGCGGCGAGCUGCGCCACCACCGAGCAAUGUGCCCGCUCAUGCACCUCCAUCAAGCCCGGGACCUGUCCAUGCUCAACCUCAACAGCCUUCAUUAUUUGGUCAGAUGGCCGCAACCGCUGGUGGUGUCGCCGUAGGAUCAGCGGUGGGACAUAUGGCUGGUAGUGCUCUGACUGGGAUGUUCAGUGGUGGCAGCAGUGAGCCAGCACCACAGCAGCAGGCACCAGCAGCCCAGCCUGUGUACAACCAGGCCCAGCCUCCGCAGGGACCCUGCGCUUGGGAGAUCAAACAGUUUAUUGAGUGCGCCCAACAACAGCAUGACCUGUCACUCUGUGAGGGAUUCAAUGAAGCUCUCCGCCAGUGCAAAAUCAACAACCACAUCUAAUUCGUUAGAUUCCUAGAAGGCCCAACUAAUUAAAAUUAUUCUAUUCAUAUUUCUUUCGGCAAAAGGUUAAAAAUGCUGUGUUUUAUUAAAUUGUUACUAUACUAGACAAAUUAUGGGGCACCUUCUUUAAUUUAUAGUGAAAAAGGGACAAUACAAGUUAAAUAGUAGUAAAUUGUUAGUGACUUUAUUUUAUUAAAUAUAUUAAUAUUUUAUUUAAGACAUUAUUGUGAUGUAGAUUUUUAAUUUCACUUGAUCAAUUAUGUUGUAAAUUUGUAGAAAGUUAAAUACAAUCCAUAAACCAAA